UUAUGCCUUUGGAAUAAUAAUGGUUUGAGCUGUUUUUACUUAGUUUUGCAGGCCCUGAGCACCAGGUGAUUUUAUCUACUGGGUUUAAACCAGAGAAAGUUUGAACAACAGACUGGUACAGAUGAAUCACACGAGGUGACUGACUCCUCUCGGUUGUGGUGAAGUUCGUUGGACCGAGUGAUGCAGGGAACAAUGCCCUCCAACUCCAGCAUCCACAGGGAGGAGGAGCAGGACGAGAGGAUAAAUACAGUUUUGUUAUCACACAUCACAUGUUGCUGCAGCAGCUCCAGCCUUCCCCGUCUCUGCGCUGCACCUCUAACUGGCGAGAUGUGGCCACUGCAUCUGUAGUGCCUGCCACCUGUGGCAGCACUUCUAUUCCCUCUACGCCACAGAGAGAGAAAGAGAGAUAGAGAGAACAAAAAAGAGGGGGAGUUGAGAGAGGUCUGAGAGGAGGAGGAGAUCUUUCAUGAUAAGUGGACUUCUCACAGAGAGAGAGACCCUCGCCACACAGCCAGUUGACACAAAUGAAAGCCAGUAUCCUAAAACCAGCACGAUGCCUGGACUCAUUAACAAGGAGAACCGGAGCGCCCUGCCCCUCAGCGUCUCUGACAUCACUUCCUGUGUCAGGGGUUAUACUCUGGCUCUAACAGCCUCCAUGACCUAUGAAAAUAUCGAGGAUCACGCCAUCGAGGGGAUCUUCAUUUAUCCCCUUGAGGAAAAUUCCAUUGUCGUGGGGUUCGAGGCGAUGAUAUCCACUCAAAUCAUAACAUUACAAAUCAAGGACAAGGCAAAGAUUGAGGACUGUUACCUGGACAGCUGCAACACGUCUAAUGGAGGCCUGCAGAGUGGCAGCGGACACAUAGUGCUGGAUGAGGAUUUGGAGAGGACGGUGUUAGUGGUUAACCUUGGAAUCAUCCCUCCUAUGGAGACGGUCCAUAUUCUGGUCAGUACCUCCUCGGAGCUCUCCACCCUGCCCAACGGGGGCAUCAGGGUGUCAUCCCCACCGGUGUGCACACCUCGAGUACAGCGGACGAUCAAUGAGGAGCAGGGACUGUCCCCAAACUUCUCCAGAACGCGGGACAGACAUUCCUGUGCCACAAGUCCUCACGAUCAAACCCCCAACUCUCCUCAGCUGUGGUUGACCUCGCUGCUGGAGGAGGAGGCCAUCAACUCCAUGGACUACAAGUUUAACUUCCAGCUGGAGAUACGCGCUCCUUACCUCCUCGCAGGUGUCGAGAGCCCCUCUCAUGCCAUCCGAGCUGAUGCGGACCCUCUGGCCCGCUCCGCCACCAGCGUUGUCAUCACUCUGGCGGACAAAUACACGUACGACUGCCCUGUCAACAUCCUCAUUUACCCCAGCGAGCCUCAUCUGCCCCAUGUGCUCAUCGAGAAUGGAGACAUGACACAGGAGGAGUACGAUGAGUAUCUGCACGGCCGCAGUGAUUUCAUCAAGGCCACUAAGAAGGACUCCAGCAACGAGAGGAAAGUGGAUAUCAUUCACAGGCGGCUCCAUAAGGACAUUCUCCACAACCCUGUGGUCAUGCUGAACUUUUGUCCUGACCUCAAGUCCAUCAGCUCCGACCUGAGGAAGGUGCACGGCGAAUUCAUCUUCCUCAUCGACCGCAGCGGCAGCAUGAGCGGGGUCAACAUCAACCGCGUGAAGGACGCCAUGGUGGUGAUUCUCAAGAGCCUCGUGCCCGGCUGCCUUUUCAACAUCAUUGGCUUCGGUUCGACGUUCAAAUCACUGUUCACAACCAGCCAGCACUAUGAGGAGGAGGUCGUGUCCCUGGCCUGUGAGUACGUCAGGAAGAUCAGAGCCGACAUGGGGGGGACCAACAUCUUGGCGCCACUCAACUGGAUCCUGAGACAGCCGAUGUUCAGCGGACACCCACGCCUGCUGUUCCUGCUCACCGACGGGGCCGUCAGCAACACAGGCAAAGUGAUGGAGCUGGUCCGCAGACACGCACGCUACCUCAGAUGCUUUACGUUCGGCAUUGGGCAGAAUGCUUGCAGGAGGCUGGUUCAGGGGCUGGCGAUGGUUUCAAAAGGGACGGCAGAGUUCCUGGCGGAGGGCGAGAGGCUGCAACCCAAGUUGAUAAAGUCGCUGAAGAAAACCAUGUCUCCAGUGCUCAGUGACAUUUCCAUCGAAUGGCUCUUCCCCGAGACUAAAGAAGUGCUGCUGUCUCCUGUGGGAAACACAUUCCUGUUUCCUGGGGACAGUCUGAUCGGAUACAGCGUGGUUUGUGACACCACCCGUUACCACGUCAACCCCAAGUCUGAUAAGAGGAGGCGAUACAGCAUGAUGCGCUCCACUGAGUCAGCCAGCUCCGUGUUCUUCCACUCUCAAGAGGAGGACCCGGUGAGGACGAGUGUGGACAGGGAGGCGCCUCUGUAUGACUCCUACCAGGACUCCAUGACGGACGGCAGCCCUGUCACCACGGAACAAGACACCUCGGGGUUGGAUAAGACGUCACCGAGAAGGCGGGCGUACAGCACCAACCAGAUAAUAGACUACAACCCAGCGAAGAAGGUCUUCACUCCCAGCGACCCCAGCUCCGUGGUCGCCAAGAAUCCACUGAGGAGAGCAAAGGUCCAGGAGCUGAUCGGUCAGAUGAGUCCAGAGCACGAGGCGCAGUGGAAGAAAGACUACCAGCCACAGUUGGCGAGUCUGUGCGCCACAUCUUCCAGAGGGCGUCCUGCCAUCUGCCAUCGGCCGCUUCCUCAGCAGGAGCCGCCGCUUCUGCAGCAGGAAGCCGACUCCGAGCCUCAUUUCCAUCUGCAGCCCCAAGACAAUCCUCUGCCCAGCGGUUUGCUGCCAGCAGCUCAAAACACCGCUGGGGAGGAUGCAUCUAGAUCCUCCACCGACAGCCCAUCUGUCGGCAGCGGCGGAGAUACAGACGGGUAUGGGCACCAGUUGUGUCAAGCAGAAACACCACAGGAGACGCACAUUUCACAUCUGGGCGCUGCCAACCACCACAGAGCCGACUGCAAGGCCGUGGUGUCCGGGCUGCUGUGCGGCAAACCCAUGAAGUGGGAGGUGUUGUUCGACAUCGAGCCGUACCUGAACGGGCGGGAACGCGAGGAAAAGGUUCACGAGGAGCUGUGGAACGAGACCUUCCACCACCUGGCCGGACACUCCAUCAUACACGACUUCGAGCACAUGGCGGAUAAGGAGUGUGAGAUCGAGCACGGCUCUGGCAGGAAGUACCAGCAUUAUGCUAUUCACACCAGCAAAGCCUGCAAUAUACUGAGCAAAUACACAGCGUUUGUUCCCAUCGACCUGGACACUAACGAGUAUUUACAGACGUGCAUUGAACACUUAAACCCUGCUGAAGGUCUGAAGAAGGGCUCACACUCCAGCUCUCGCUCGGGGAGCAGGAAGAACAAAGGUUACUCCAUCGGACUGGGUCGCUCUCAGUCUGGCGGCAUGUCGCAGGAAGCUGAGGACGUCCAACUGCUGCCGAACAGUGGAGAGGAUGGCAUCUCUCCAUGCAGCACCCCCUCCUCCUCUGGCUGGGAGAGAUGUGGCUUCACAGAGGUCGCUCAAAGGAGUCCGUCUGUGACCUCGGACCAAUCACAGAAAUCGGUGGAGAGCCUUUUUUCUGCCAGGUUGGCCCUCAGCAGAACUCGUCUCCUGACUCGAGCUGCCAAAGGCUUCAUGUGUCGAUCUCACAGCAGGUCUGGUGAUUCAAUUGGAGAAAGUGACAACGAGAACAAAGACUACAUCCCUCUGGUGUUGUUGCAGUUGGCUAGUGGUGCGUUUCCCCUCGACACAGCUUUGUGUGACGCCAUUAAUGUUCCCAUGGACAAGCUAAAGUGGACGUCCCCCUUCACCAGUCACCGCACCAGCCUCGGCCACUUGUCUCACUCCAGCAGCCGCCGCGCAGAGACUGCUGAUUACGGGCACAGAUCACCGUGCGAGCCAGAAACAUGUCAACAACCAGCAGAGCAAACUGUCGGCAUCCACAGCCCCUCUCAUCUGCCCAGGAGCGCCUGGACGGAGUUUGCUCCUUCCUCAUUGGGAAGUCCCUCCUGUGCUGCCGAGCCCCCCGUCUCCCCACACUCCACCGGGGACAGUGGUCGUAGCUCCGGCUCCGGGGGCCUUGAAGCAGUGUCGCCUGGUGGCGUGCUAAAGAGGAGGCUGAAUCCUGAGAGCAUGCUGUGGGCCACAGCCGUGGCCCUGGCCUGGCUGGAGCACAGCUCGGCCAGUUAUUUCAUUGAGUGGGAACUUGUAGCUGCCAAGGCCAGCAUGUGGUUGAGUGCGCAGGACAUCCCGGAAGGUCGAGAUUUAGCCUCCAUCAAGGCUGCUGCCAACCAGCUCUUCAUCAUCCUCAGACACUGGGAUGAGAACCUGCAACUGAACAUGCUCUGUUACAACCCUAACAGUGUCUGAGCCCCGCGAAUACAGACCACCCAAUCCCAUACGAUACUAUGCUAACUGAGGCUGUUCUGUUUUUCAUUCAGCAGUAUGUCUCUGGAGUCUGAUUUUUGCUGUCGCAGUUGUGAACAAUGUGUAUCUUCUUCUUCUGUUCGUGUGCCGUUCCUCCUAAACAUAUCACAGGCUCUUCAGAGGCACAAUGUGCAAGCUAUUACCUCGCUGGUGCCAUAUACUGUAGCUAGAUCCCUGUCAGCAAGGGGUCUAAUCAGAGUUAUGCCUCUGAUUUGAGUUUCAAGGAGAAGAAUGUCAGUAUUAAAUUAGUAGCAUGCUGGACCGCUGACCAUCAACAUUUGAGAAAAGCUCUUAAAUGUCAUCAUAUUGAUGUUAAUGGGGAAAAUGCUGCAAAAAACAUUGGUUGGAGAAAACUGCUCCGCUGAUUGAUGCAUAUACUGUUUUUACAUCCCCUGAUUGUAUUGUGAAAAACAUCUGGGUAGUUGCUAGCAGUCCAGUCUUUUCUAAUGGCUGUCACCAUCACAGUGUUCUUAAUAUUUGCCAUUUUGCUGUUCGAUUAAAGCAGAGACAGAAAAAUAUGCAAAAAAGCUAAAGAAAAUGUAAAAUACGUGUU